GCAAAAAACAAAUACACACAGUAAUAGUCCACGACAUUUCAAUCUUCUUCUCCAUUCCAUUCCAUUCCAUUCCAUCAAUAAAAGUAAAGAGAAUUUGGAUUGGGGGGGUGGGGGAUCCCCGAUGCGAGCAAUUAAAGUAGUGGAGCGGCGAGCCCCUCCCUUCCUCAAACGACGAUAAAGCAAAAGCCGCUCUGUCUCUUUCUGCCGCCUUGUCGGCAUAAGCUUUAGCUGCCAUUCCUCACCUCCGCUCACCCUCCAUCCCCUAUAUGCUCACUCCUCCUCCACGCUUCCCUACCAUCUAAGCUAUUGGCCCUUGCAGCUCCGUUAAAUCCCAUUUAUCACCCCAGCUGGUUCUUUUCUGCAGAAAUACUGGACGGGGAAUCGAGGAUUUGUUCUUUGAUCCGUAUACUAGACUAGAUUACACAGCAGGUGUGAAUUUAUGUUUGGUUCAUUCACAGUGAGAUAUUCAAUUUUCGUUGCCCUUCACAGAUCUGGGUUUAACAAGCUCAUGAAUAGUGCGGCCGCUUGUUUUAAUUCCUUCUGCCUGCGUGAGAAUGCCUUUUUUUGCUCGUUUGUUGCUUGCUUGCCUGCCUUUAGGCUUAUUAUUAUUAUCUAGGUACCGUUCCCUUGGAGUGGCUGCUGCAUGUUGAGUACUCUUUAGUCUAUGAGUUGUUCUCUUUGCAGUUAGGGGUGAUUGAUAUUGUGUGGGUCUGAUCCCAUUUUGCGGAGAGGCUUCUCGAGAAUACAACUUAAGAAUGAACCUCUGGUUAUUGAUGAAAUACUUUGGUAACUAUACAAGUCAUGGUAGAAAGCAAAGCUGCGUCUGAGACGUGUUCUUUUCAUGAUAUUUAAUUGUAAAAAAUGCAAAGGGGUCCAGAAUCAAAACUACUUUCAAGACAAUUGCCAUCAGAGGCUAAAUUGAUGAACAUGUUACCAAUUCCUGAAUCUAAACCGCUUCCAAGACAGUUACCAUUAGAGGCUAAGGUGGUUCCUCUUCCCACUCAGUUACCUACCGAGGCCAAAGUGACCACACCCAACUUGCGGGGGUUUCAAGAUCUUCACUUAAGCGGACCUCUACAAACAUGGAAAGGGGUUGUUUAUUGUCAAGAAGAAGAUGAUGAUGAUGAUGUUACCCUGGAUGUUGGUUCAUCAUUCAAGAGCAGUGCCGAUUCAUAUGAGGAUAGCAAUUCUUCAUCCUUCCGUGGGGCCACCCACCCAGCUGAACCUGUUGACACAAACCUGAUGAGACCAGUAUAUGUACCGAUUAGCCAGAGCCCAUCUAGCAAAGACAAAUUCUUUAAUGUAAAACGAGGCCAAUCUCUUCUUGAAGAACCCAACGAUCAGGCAAGAGUCUCUUCUCUUUUCGCUGUCCCGAGACCAUCACAAAACACAGAAGCCAGCCUGGCACAAGAUUCUGAAGACAGAGAAUGUGUUUGGGAUGCUUCUCUCCCUCCAAGUGGGAACGUGAGCCCACUCAGUAGCUGCACUAUGAGCAUUGUUAAUAGUUGUACAAGCACAUAUAAGAGUGACGGGAUGAUGAGCGAUGGCAUGCUGAGUAUAGACAGAAACUUUGAUUCACUUGAGAGUGUGCAAACAAGCAUUAGCAGGGCGAGUAAUAGCAGUGAUCUAAGUGAUGAAAGUAACUGGAGCAAUGUCACCGGAACAGCCAACAAGCCUCACAAAGGGAACGAUCCGAGAUGGAAUGCUAUUCUUGCCGUUAGGGCACGAGAUGGUAUGUUGGGGAUGAAUCACUUUAAGUUACAUAGGAGGCUGGGGUGUGGGGACAUCGGGAGCGUUUAUCUUUCCGAGCUGUGUGGGACCUUCUGUUCUUUCGCUAUGAAGGUGAUGGAUAAGGCGUCACUUGCGAGCAGGAAGAAGUUGAGCCGUGCUCAGACAGAGAGGGAGAUACUGCAACUGUUGGAUCACCCGUUCUUGCCAACUUUGUACACUCACUUUGAAACGGACCGGUUUUAUUGUUUGGUGAUGGAAUAUUGUCCUGGGGGAGAUCUUCAUACUUUGCGGCAACGCCAACCUGGAAAACAUUUCUCUGAGUAUGCUGCCAGAUUUUAUGCAGCAGAGGUUUUAUUGGCACUUGAGUACCUUCACAUGCUGGGAGUUGUGUACAGAGACUUGAAACCAGAGAACGUUUUGGUCCGAGAAGAUGGCCACAUCAUGCUUUCAGAUUUUGAUCUUUCCCUAAGAUGUGCCGUUUCACCAACACUCGUAAAAACCUAUUCUGAUCCAUCCAAGCAAGGGUCUUCGUUCUGUGUUCAGCCUUCCUGUAUUGAACCCACUUCUGUCUGCAUUCAACCUGCAUGCUUCCUCCCGCGGAUCUUUCCUCAGAAAAGCAAGAGACGGUCCCACAAACCCCGAUCUGAUUUCGGGCUACCGUGCAGCAAGGCACUACCUGAGCUAGUCGCGGAACCCACUUCAGUGAGGUCAAUGUCAUUCGUUGGGACCCACGAGUAUUUAGCUCCCGAAAUCAUUAAGGGAGAAGGCCACGGAAGUGCAGUCGAUUGGUGGACGUUUGGAAUAUUCUUGCAUGAGUUACUUUACGGGAAAACCCCAUUUAAAGGUUCAGGGAAUCGGGCAACUCUUUUCAAUGUGGUCGGGCAGCAGCUGAAAUUUCCAGAUUCACCCGCAACCAGUUAUGCUGCUCGUGAUCUGAUCCGUGGGUUACUGGUUAAAGAGCCGCAGAAUCGGCUAGGGGUUAAGAGAGGGGCAACAGAGAUAAAGCAACAUCCUUUCUUUGAAGGGGUUAACUGGGCUUUGAUCCGUUGUAGCACACCGCCCGAGAUACCUAAACCUGUCGAAGCUGAGCAGCCCUUGUUGAAAGUAGGGCAACAAAUUGAUCUCGUUGGCAUUGGGAAUAGCGGUAAAGGGAUAGUAGGAGGAGGAGGUGGUGGUGGAGACAUGAAGCCUGAUGGUAAAUUUCUUGACUUCGAGUUCUUUUAGUAUAAGAUUGGUUUUUUGUUACCACGUAUCUGUAUGGGUUCCUAGUCCUGCUAUUAGAGCAAAUUUCAUGACUUUGACUCAUUGGUUCCUUGUUCAGCUGUUUGGAUAUGAGUAAGCUCCUUUUUUGUGAUGAGUUGAGGACAUAAUUAAGCUGAUGAAGAAAUAUAUGCUGAUCAAUGUUAUAAUUAGGCAAGCUAUAUUAAUACAACCUGUAUUAAUAAUGCUGAGGUAAUGCUUUGUGUAAAUUAAAAAGACGUGUAUUUAAGUCCUUAACUUCAAAGUAUCUAAAAAUGCUGAGGUAAUGCUUUGUGUAGAUGGUCUUCUAGACACCAUGUUCACAUUUCACUUUUUUUUUUGUUCUUAGACAUACAAAGUAUACGUUCAUUGCACGGGCAUGUUUGUGUGGUGAAAGUGGUGGAAUGCACUGUGACAUAAAGUAUUCUUAAGGAGAAGUGGCAUUUUUCAUCCAAAAAAAAAGGAGAAGUGGCAUUUUUAAUCACUCUGUUUCUGCUCAUAA